AACCACCACGACUAAGCAUUACAAGAAUGUCCGACAACGUCGGUCUAAGCACUCCCCGAGGUAGCGGAACCUCGGGCUACGUCCAGAAGAACAAAUCACUCCUCCGACCACGCGACAAGGUUCAGCCAUAUCCAAAAGACUGGGACCAAGCCAAACACCGUCCCAGACAGCCAGACGCAGAGAUUCUCGAGCACGAAGCGAAGCGCGACAUUGAAGUCAAGGUCCUUGAGUUGCGCGACAAACUCGAAGACGAAGGCGUUGACGAAGAUGAAAUCGAUGACCAAUGUGAGGGACUACGUCGCAAACUAGACCAAGAGCGCAAAGACGGCAAGGACCUAGGUCCCAACGCAAAGCGACUAAAGUCCCACCAAGUCCACGAUCUUGCCAAAGCAAAGCUGGAAGAGAGUGAGAGGCUGCGCAAGGCCCUGGGCAUCCGCGCAGACUACGAGGAGGGUAGUCACUGGAGGAAACAGGAAGAGAGAAUGCGUGACAGCCUUGCCAAGAGGGAGGCCGAGGACGAGGAGAAGGUGGAAAGGGCAAGGGAAUCUAGGCGGUACAAGGACGAGGACGAGGACGAGGAUUGAACGUUCACACGUGGGCGUUGAUAAGCAUCCUGAUACCACCAGUUGCUGCUGUGCACUGGUGUACAAUACGAAAUGGCGCCGCAUGUGGCGGUCAAUGGCGACCUAGCAGCCCAUGUGUUUGCGACUAUGGUCGAGACUGGUAUACGAAAUUUAGGCACAAGCAGGUCAGCUUCGUUAUCAGCUCGAUAAUCAUGUCGUUCGACUGAUCCGAAACAGAUGAUUCGCAAAAGAUGAUGCAAGUCUAUCUAUUCUCACUAGGCCCAGUUCUUUGAUGCGAGUCGCUGUUCGCUUCCAUGAGGUGGCACCUCUGCGACUGCCAUCUUGCAAUAUAUAACACCAUC